UAUAAUACCUGCGCCUUUCCAGUAGAAAAAAGGGAAUACUACUCUAAUUUAAAUUUUAUUUAAUACCUAUGUCACAACAAAUUAAAUAAAUUAAAAAAUGGUUUUUAAUGUUACUAAUUUCUGUAUUAAAUGAAAAACAAGCAAAAUCAUGACGCAAAAACGACCAAAUGGAUGUCCUGUCCUAAUGUAAAUACUGAAUUCCCUGGAUUAGCUUUUAUAUGUAUUUUAGAAGAAUUAUGCAUUGUCAAAAGAAAAGAUUCGUUGCACGACCUAAUAGGUACUAAAGGUAUUUCAUACACGAUACUUAACAAAGAUGGAGAGAAAGUGUUCUUAGCAACACAAGAAACAGCGUGUGAAAAAUUCAAACUAAAAAUAUUCAACUACUACGGUAACGAAGUGAUCACUGUCAAAAAACAGUAUUCCUUUUGUCAAAACAAAUUAUUUGUUUGGGCUCCGCCCGAUAACUUUUUAGGAACUGUCCAUCAGUCAAAAUUUGCGAAAAGAAAACUGCUUGUCCAGAAUAAAUCACAAAAAUUAAUAUUUACAAUCGACAAACAGGGUUUGUGUAAAGACGAAUUAAAAUUACAGGAAAAAUCAAUUGGCUUAAUUAAUAUUUUCAAAAAUUCUAGCACUAUUCAGCUGUGUUUUCCAAUUGAAAUGGAAAUUGAACAAAAAACCAUUCUGCUUGCUGCUUGUUUUCUACUAGACUAUAUAAAACUGUAACUAGUAAAAUAAUUAAAGUGUCUCUCUAUAAAUAUGAAAUUAUGUUCUUUGAAAAUUUAUUUAGGCUCUUAUGUAUUAUUAUAUAUUAUAAUAUUUAAGCAUCUCAAUAAAAUCGAUGUAAACAAAAUGAAAACAAGGAGAGAAAGAAUGAAUGGUGGUAUGGCCUACCAUUAUUAACCAAGUCAAAAGAAAAAAGGUCAUAAAUAUACUUACAGAACAAGGUCAAAACUAAAUGGCUACAUGAUGCCACGUUCAAGUAGAUCUAGGUUACAACUGAGUGAAGAACAAAAGAAAAAACGUAGGCGUGAGCAAAAAAAACUAAGUAUGCGCAGAGCUAGAUCAAAGUUAGAUUCUGUUGCUCUUGAAGAAAGACGCAAAAAGGACCGAGAAAGGUAUCAUCGUAAAAAAGAAGAGGGGCUGAUUAAGACCAUUAAAGACUUGAAACCCCGAGACCAGCGACAAUUACGGAAAAUGUGGCGAGAGAAAGCAAAACUUAGACGUGAGAAAGAGAAAAUAAAAAGAACGACUGAGCAAAUGUUACACGAAAAUACACCCCCUUCAAGUCCACAACCAUCAUCUUCACCACAACAAUCAUCUUUUUCACGAAUUCGGUCAGGAAAAGCAGUAGGUGCACGGAAUAAACGAAGAUUGAAGGCUAAAAAUGAAUAUUUAAUAAAUAGAUUAAUUGUUUUAGAACGAAAGCUAGCUAAAUACAGAAUGCGUCUACACAGAAUUAAAAAAGGACAGAAACGAGGUAACACUGUACUAGUCAAACGAAAAAUACAUGACUUUUUUAUUGACGAUGAGCAUAGCAGACUCACAGCAGGCAAAAAAGAGACUAUCACACGACGUAAAGUAAAAAAGCAAAUACGUCUGUUGAAUGACACAAUUCUCAAUCUACACAAGAUAUUUAACAAUAAGACGGGUUUAAACAUAUCAUAUGAGACAUUUCGUAGACAUCGUCCUUUUUGGGUGAUAUUUCCUAAAACAACUUCUAGAAAUACCUGUUUGUGUCGUCAACAUGCCAAUAACGAUUACAUUGCUAGUGCUCUACAUCAAGCUAAGAUAAUAUCAUUUUCUAACGCCACUGAUGUUGCCAGGUCGCUUUGCUGUGAUAACAUUCUGAGGGUUUCUUGUCUUGAACGAACAUGUACCCUAUGUUUUGAAAAAACUUUGGACUAUACGGUCAUCAAUGGGAAUGACACGAUUCUUUACCAAAGAUGGGUCACUAAGAAAGUGCCCCAAAUAAUUAAAGGCAAUGAAAAAUUAUGUCAAAAAACACUCAAAGAAUGCGUCAGAACUUCUCAUCAAUUACUUGUUAAUAAAUUUAAUAUAAGUUUGUCGACAUUUAUGCAACAUCUUGCAAAUAUAAUGAACCAAUACAAGGCUAUUCGAUAUAUUAAACAAAACUUAUCGCCAUCACAAAGUUUACUGCAUAUUGAUUUUUCAGAAAAUUAUUCCUGCAAAUAUGGAUCAGAAGUUCAGUCAGUCCACUUUGGUGGAUCCAAAUCACAACUCUCGUUACACACUUGCGUUUAUUAUUCUGUUGAUUCUCAGCCACCAACAAACCUUAUAAAAACAACAUCCAUUUGCACUGUCUCGGAGAACUUACGACACGAUCCUGUACUCAUUUGCGCCCACUUGAAGCCCGUAAUUGAAAAAAUUAAAUUGAUUACACCAGAUUUGACAGAGCUGCAUAUAUUAAGUGAUGGACCCGCUACUCAAUAUCGUAAUAAAACAAUGUUCCAUAUGUUAGCAAACUAUGUGAGCAAAAUUUCAAAUGUAGAAACUAUUGUGUGGCAUUUCAGUGAGGCUGGACAUGGCAAAAGUGCUCCUGAUAGCGUAGGUGGCUGUGUAAAACGCACAUGUGACAAGGCUGUUGCAAAUGGCCAAGACAUAUCAGGUAUUGACAGUUUUGUUGAUUGCGUAAAAGUCACCUGUAAAGGCAUUGACAUUAUUCGUAUUAAUAAUGAUGUAUCUGAUAUACAAAAAAUUGCCGAUGCUAACAAAGUACGCCCCUUCAAAGGGACCUUAAAAAUUCACCAGAUCACAUGGAGCUCAAAAUCUCCUAACAUUAUUCACUGCAGGCGACUAAGUUGCUUAUUGUGUGCACCUCACAUUAGGUGUACACAUUUUAAAAUUGGGCAAAUUCAGAUUGAAUAUAUUUCACGAGAUACAAAAGAAUCUUCGCCUACGAUAUCAUCAUCUAUUUUAUCAAGGACGGGUACCCCCAGACCAGUAUCUUCUAUUGAUACUGCAUCAGCGUCAACCGUCACUGGACCAAGAACACCAUCUCCGCUCGAAUCGUUUUUAAACACACCGUCUCCUGAAUUAACAACGAGAAUAGUCCGUCAACCGCUAACCCCACGGAAGCAAAAUAUAGUAUAUACUGACUCAGAUGACUCAGCAACCCCCAAAAAAUCCAGAUUCCAUACAUUCUUUGAUACCAGCGACACGGAGGACUCAAUUCCAUCCCCAAAAAAAGUUAAGUGUCAGUCGCUUUUUGAUUAUAGCGAUGAAGAAAAAUUUUAAAGUGUUUUUUAUUUUAAUAUUAAUAAAGUACUGUUUAUACAUAA